AUGCAGCGGGGUUCGUUUUCUCAUAAAAAUUAUAGUUAUAGUCAUCAUGACCAAAGGGGUCCUUCUCAAGCUAUUGAUGUUCAUGAUAUCUUUAUGAAAAAGAGCAAAACACGGGUUAUCUUAUCAUAUGUGGGCAUCUUCGUGUUUCUUGCUAAUACCUGUUACUCAUUGCUGGUGAAGGAAGAAUUAUCUACCAGCUCUUUUUGGAGUAUUUUUGUUAGUGUUCUCUUUGCCAAAUGUUUGCAGUACAAACCUGUUAAAAAAGAAUCUGUGGUGAUUAUGCCAACAUUUGGUGUGCAGCUUGAAACUCAUUUUUGGAGGUCUACAUUAAGAUUUUCUCUUUGAAUCAGCAC